AUGACAAGAUAUUUCAAGAAAAAAACUUGGACUUGAAAAUGAUUUAAGAAUACAUUUAGACCGCCUGAUUUGGUUAACAAAUUAGCAGAGAAACCUCAACCAAAAUUGAACAACCCGAACAUUUUCAAAUACAUCCAUUCUGUUCCACUGAACAAAAAACACAAAUUAUUCAACCCAGAUGGCCAAAUAUAUACCAAAUUCUGAUCGUCAGUUUAUCAAUACUCCGCUCAAAAUAUAAGCAAAUGGAAACUGAGACAGUGGUUAACCCACCGUAUUAAUAUAUGUUUAACAUCAGCCAUCGAAGUCAGAAUCUCAAUGAAAAGUCACGCACGGCAGAAUCUUCCUAACUUUCUCAUCAUUUUUCUUGUUGCUCGAGCUUAUCUUAGUUUAGUUUGAUCAAAUUAUUUUAUUAUUAAAUCCAAUUACAGAAUUAAAUAUUUAUAUUUGCGAUACUCUAUAAAUUUUUUCCUUAUUAAUCCAAUUGUAUCAAUUCAAUUCCUGCAGCCCCAUGAUCGAAUUCCAAGAUAACUGACAACAAUAUGUUUCCAGUUUUCGGUUAUAUCUCUAUCUUCUUCCUCUCAUCCCUCCUCUUUCUUUCCCGCCCUAUUUUUCCCGCCAGAAUCGUACCCGACUCAGUAACUGUAAUAACCGCCAACUCAACCCACAAAACCACUUGGCAGGAUUUUGCUCGUUUCCUCGACGUCGAGAAGGGCAGCCAUGUCAGCGGUAUAUCAGAGCUCAAGAAAUACUUGGACCGUUUUGGUUACCUAUCGGUAUUGGACAAAAACUUCACGGAUGUUUUCGACUCCGAAAUGCAAUCCGCCGUCUUUUUGUACCAGAAAAAACUCGGACUACCCGUGACGGGAAAAUUGGACUCGGAUACAAUAUCAUCAAUCAUGACUCCAAGAUGUGGCGUAAGUGAUACAGAGCAUAAAAUGCAUACAACAAAAAAAUUUUCAUAUUUUUACGGUAAGCCGAGAUGGGUACGUUUACCGCCGGUAACGUUAACCUACUCGUUUUCAAAGAGUAACAUGAUUGAUUACAUGAGUUUAUCGGAUAUUAAGGAUGCUUUUAAGGGUUCUUUUUCACGGUGGUCUUCUGUAAUUCCGGUGAAUUUCACGGAGAUAGACGAAUAUGAAAUAGCAGAUAUUCGGAUUAGUUUUUAUUCGGGGGACCAUGGCGAUGGACAGCCGUUUGAUGGAGUUUUAGGGGUGCUGGCCCAUUCAUUCUCCCCCGAAAAUGGUAGGUUGCAUCUUGACGCAGCUGAAACAUGGGCCGUUGAUUUCAAAACUGUGAAGUCAAAAGUGGCGAUUGAUUUAGAAUCAGUGGCGACCCAUGAGAUUGGGCAUAUACUUGGGUUGGCGCACACGUCGGUCAACGCUGUAAUGUAUCCAAGUCUAAGUCCAAGGACAAAGAAGGUAGACCUAAGGGUUGAUGACGUGAAGGGUAUUCAGUAUUUGUAUGGGUCAAACCCUAAUUUCAAGCUUAGCUCAUUGUUGGAGGCUGAAAAUUCUACCAAUCAUGGGAUUUUUCUUAAAAGCAGUUCAUCGAAGUGGACCAUUUAUUUCUUAGUGUCAAUAUUCUUACUUUUUGGGAUUACAUAGACGACUUUCAUUUUUUUAAUCUUUAUUUAUGUCUUCAUACUUGGUUUUUGUAGUUGUAGAUACAUUGAUUGUUCCCACUCAAUUCCAAUGAAAUUUAAUGAAUUCUUUGAUAGAUUUGAUUCAAUACAAAAAAUUUCUCUUUAUGUA